AUGUUGUUGCUGCAAUGGCUCUGGGUAAGGAAGGCUGAUGCUCCCCCGCCAGAUGCAUCGUCCUUCGCACAAAGCUUGGCGAGGCAGGCUGCAGCAGAGCGGGCGAGGAGACUUGCCGAGGAUGCCGAGCGAAGCAGCCAAUGGGUGCAGGAGCAGCUGGGGCAAUUUAAGGAGGUGUGCGAGACGCAGAGCCAAAACGGGCUCAUGUCCGUCAUCCAUCGCACUGGUCACCUUCCAAAAAUGUAUUUUGAAAGCCGGAAAGACAUUCUCUUCAACGAGCUGCAGGCAGCCCUCGCUGGUUUGGGUUUCUCGGACUUGAAGCUGGCCUGGAAACAUGAUGUGAAGCGGGAGGCCAUUCAAGCUGGCUCGACAAAGACAUCUUCGAGCAUACUGAUUGAAGCCUCUUGGGAGGGUCUCGAUGAGAACACGGAGGGUGCCACUCUUCCAAAAGCCGGUGCUGGCGGUGCAGCAAGCACUUGUGCUAUUUGCGAAGAUGUGGGUCGCAUCGUUGUCUUGGCACCGUGUGGCCACGUGAUGUGCAGCAAGUGCCAGCAGAAACACGGUGGCCGUGUGUGUCCAUUUUGCCGCCAGGCAGUUUUCGUGCAGCAUCUGGCAUACCUCUUUCUCGACGUGGCCAGGCAGUCGUGUGAUGCGACCGUUCCCUUCAACAUGGUGCAUUAUCUUUUUCGCCAUGUGAUGUUUCUGGGCGCCUUGGCUGUCACGGUGUGGCGCAUUGGAAAGCUCAACUUCUCGAUUUACGAGAAGUUGCACAAUGCCGUCAUGGACCUGCUGCCCAUGAAUUGGGCAGAUCUGGGUCACUGCCCAAACGUUGGACAGACGGAAGUUGUGCUGCAGCGACAGCACAUGGAAGAUUGGUUUCGAUACCUCCAGCACAAUAUCGAUACGGGCAGGCGCGACGCAUGCAUAUGCGUGUUCCACCUUCGAUUUGCUGCCAAAUCGCACGUCGUGGCACUCUCCGUCUUGACUUUGCUCACACUUCCGGUUGUGAACAAAGUGCUGGAGUACUACGGAAAGCAGGUGGUCAACGACCGCCUUCUCGGAGGCAACGAUGUCUCGGAGAGAUCCUCGUUCCUGCACCAAAUGGAGCAGACGUGUAUGCCACACAAAGAAUGA